AGCCGAGCCGACCGGACCCGACCCCACCCCUCGUCUCCCCUGCGAACCCACUCCAGUCCCGCCCUACGCCCGCGGUCACGUGACACGCUCAACAACGCACUCGCUGUGUCUCCGGAGAAAUAGAGGAGAAGAAGAAGAAUUUCGUAACCGGGGGAAGUUUUGUUUCCGUGCCAGUCCCGACUUUAUCUGUCAUUCGGAGUUUUUGUUGUUUUUCCAAACGGCGAUCGGUUGACCAAUACGUGUGACACGGUUUUGUUAUUUUCGACUGCGACACUUUUUUUUUAACAGAACGGAAUUUAAAACGGAUUUAUUUAUUUUUUAUUUUUUAUUUUUUACCUUACGCACGGAGACAGUUUACUAAGAGAUUUAAACAACGGGAAUAAUUCACGAAUAAACACACAAUAUUCUCCAUUGUAAAGCUGAGGCUUCCGUCACACAUUCCACUUGGCACAUGAAGCCCCCUAUCCUGUUUAGAAACCUGGGAGGGAUGUGUGGGAUACAGAGGUCUGGCUGCAGUCAUGAUGGUGUAUGACUUUCCACUGAAGACAGACAUGGAGACGGUGAGACUGGAGUCUCUCUAUCAGUCUUAUCCCUCGGUAGUGAACAGCGUUAUCUUCACCCCUCAUCCCUACCACCCCACACAAUACGCACACACACACACCUUCUCCCCCUCACACACACUCACACACGCCCAGUCCGCCAACCCCACCUCAAAUACACAACUCGAACCAGUCGACUUGUCGGUCAGCAAACGACCCUCUCCCUCCUCCUCCUCCUCCCCUUCCUCCUGUUCCUCCACUUCCUCCCCGUACAGUCGUUCCUCCCCCCAGCCCUCCCCCUCCCUCCAUUACCCCGUGUUGUUAGGCUCCGGCCCCGGGGUCGUCCAGGGUUCAGGGGUCAUGCUGUCCCAGGUCAUGCUACAACCCUUGUCCAUCCUCUACCCCUCCUCCCCGCUGCACCUGCCUCAGCCAAUCGCGGUCAACCGAACCGUCGCUGGCGACGACCACCACCAUCAUCAUCAUCAUCACCAUCACAGGCCGGCAGGAAGCUCACAACAUCAGACAGAAUCCUCCAUGAAGUCAGAGCUCAGAGGCGACGCACACCACAAGCUAAUCAAAACAGAGCAUGCCCACGACUCAUACAACCAGGAAAUGACCUCAUCGGUCAUCAGCGCGCCACAGGCCUAUAGCGAUAACAACCCGUCUGUCAUCGUCCAUUCUGGGGUUAAUCACCCGUUGCCAAUCGAGUCUCCGGACUCGAUGAAGAAGAGACGAAUCCACCGUUGUGAUUUCAACAGCUGCAACAAAGUCUACACCAAGAGCUCUCAUCUGAAGGCACAUCGCCGCACACACACAGGAGAGAAGCCCUAUAAGUGCAUGUGGGAGGGGUGCACGUGGAAGUUCGCCCGUUCGGACGAACUGACUCGUCACUUCCGUAAACAUACAGGCGUCAAACCGUUCCAGUGUCCCGACUGUGAACGCAGCUUCUCCCGAUCGGACCACCUGGCUCUACAUAAGAAACGACAUCUGCUGGUCUGAACAGCAACACAACGGCUGUGAAACGUCUGUUCGACACACAAGGCAUGGCGAACGCAGCCCGUUGGAUAGUUGGUCCAUACCGACCCCAAGACAAGACCAAUGCCGUUGAACAGAGAGAGACCCCGGGACUUAAACAUCCUCUAUCUGUCUAUCACUUUAUUCAGUCAGCCGAUCAGCCGUCCUCUUCCUCUCCACUCCUCCACCUCUUCUUAGUACCAGAGCUCGCCGUUGUCUCCCAGUACUCGCCGUUGUCUCCCAGUGCUCGCCGUUGUCUCCCAGUGCUCGCCGUUGUCUCCCAGUGCUGAAGGCGGAUGGUGUUCGUAGGCCCAGAUCUAGGAUCAGCUAAACCUCCAGACGUCUUGACCUUAACCAUAGAGAGAGACAGACAUCUUAACCUUAACCAUAGAGAUAGACAGACAUCUUGACCUUAACCAUAGAGAGAGACAGACAUCUUAACCUUAACCAUAGAGAUAGACAGACAUCUUGACCUUAACCAUAGAGAUAGACAGAGGUCUUAACCAUAGAGAUAGACAGAGGUCUUAACCAUAGAGAUAGACAGAGGUCUUAACCAUAGAGCUAGAACGAGGACUCAACUUUGUACGGCGUCUGUGACGGCAUGGGCAGCGCCAAUGAUCGCCAUUUUAAAGUGAUACAUUUUUUAAAUAUAUAUAUAUAUAUAUUUUAAAGCAGAUAUUUGUGAUUUUAGCGCCAUCUGCAGUGCCGGAGUCCUGAACCACAUUUAGUCUUACGUUUAUUGUGGCCACUAGAUGGCGGUGAUAUGGCUCCAUGCCAUUAACAAACUGUAACAACCUAUUUGAAGAAGAAGAAGGCUGAUCGCUCUCAAACCCCAUAAGGAUUCCCUACCCAGUUUGACUACUUUAAAAUGGUGGAAGUCCUCGAUGUCCAUGCUAAAAAAAAAAUGGAUACAGCACCACAGAUACAACGAUUAGACAGAUGUUUCACCAUAUAUAUAUAUAUAGAUAUAUAGAUAGAUAGAUAGAUAGAUAGAUAGAUAGAUAGAUAGAUAGAUAGAUAGAUAGAUAGAUAGAUAGAUAGAUAGAUAGAGCGAGGGAGAGAAACGUUUGUUAACGGCUGACCUGAGAUUAGAGUCAACGUGGACUGAGUGGCUCCCUCUGCUGGACGGAGGGGACUACCUGCUGCUCAGUACUCAGUGGACACACACACACACAGCUCAACAGCCUGUACUGACUCUAGUCACAUGAGUGGAGUCACAGGUCAACAGCAGGCUCUGGUAGAGGGAGGGGAACGGCUGUGGGGGUUCCUAACCACAGGUCAACAGCAGGCUCUGGUAGAAGGGCUGUGGGGGUUCCCAACCACAGGUCAACAGCAGGCUCUGGUAGAGGGGGUAGAAGGGUUGUGGGGGUUCCCAACCACAGGUCAACAGCAGGCUCUGGUAGAAGGGCUGUGGGGGUUCCCAACCACAGGUCAACAGCAGGCUCUGGUAGAGGGAGGGGAACGGCUGUGGGGGUUCCUAACCACAGGUCAACAGCGGGCUCUGGUAGAGGGGGUGGAAGGGCUGUGGGGGUUCCUAACCACAGGUCAACAGCAGGCUCUGGUAGAGGGAGGGGAACGGCUGUGGGGGUUCCCAACCAUUACAAGGCAAAGGCUUGUUGUCUUUGAUUCUAGAAAUGUGAAACAAACUCUUUUUAUUAUCCUGGGGCAUUAUCAUGAUCAUUAUUCUGUUUGAUUAUUUUUUAUUCUUAUUAUUAUAAUAAUUGUUGUUGUUGUUGUUGUUCUGUAAGUAAAAUACUUCCAUUGAGCCGGUUGAAAGUGGACUCGGCGAUAUGACAUCAUCAUAUACGGCAGGAAGCAGGGUGACUUCCUGCUUUACAAAACUCAACAACAACAACAA